CACAAUUCUUAUCAAGGCUUUUCCUUUUUUGAUCUCAGAAUUUUCCCGCGCCCGCCCUUUUCGUCGUCGUCGUCGUUGUUGUUGUUGUUGGUAUACGAAGUAACGCUACUGGCCGCCAAACAGCCGUAGCUACACCCUCUUCCCGUAUGGCCGGAGCAACAAUGUAUACCCCUGAAACGACAUGGACGCGCUUGUUUCUGUCUGUUGCCGUUGUCCAAGGUCUUGUUGCAGCGUCACUUGAAGCCUACGUCCUGAUCGCAGUCCAGAGAUGCUUUGCGCCGCCAGUGGUCCAGGUCCGUGCGGGGCACACGGUGCCCAUGUUUUUUGCCCUCUUUAUCUUCGGAUUCGUCUACCAGCUUCUUCUGGUGUACGAUGCACUGCGCUCCAGCAACAUGAUCCAGGCCAUCGGCCUGUGUCUGUAUAACCUCUGUCUGCUCAUUUACGCAAUCUUCCAGCCGGUAGAUAUCAAGGCAUCGCUCGACUCGCUCGCGGGCAGUAGAACUGGGGAUAACCAGCCGCUCCUGACUCCCGGAACCGACGCCUGGGGGGACAGCAAGCCAGCCUUGAUAGCCGUGGCGAUUGUGGUAGCAUUGGCCACCUCGUUGCUUUGCUUCGCCGCGCACAAGCUGCGGUCCGAGUUCGCCUGGUUUGUCUAUAAAGUCACCAACGCCGAUCUGCCCAUGAAGCGGCGGGUGUUGAUCCUGCAGGUUGUAAUCAUAAACCAGGCCUACGUGGCCCUCCUCAAGUUCGACGUGUUUUUCCUGCUGGGCUUUUUGGUCCAGAACGCGGUCAACGCUUCUGCCAACAUGGGCGAUCCCGAGUUUGGAUUGUCCAUCGCCGUCCUUCCCGUCGUUUGCCUGGUGGUUUGGCUCGCAGUUGCCUGCGCUUUGAGGGAGAACAAGGUUGGCACGCUUGCGGUUAUCCUUGGCUAUUUGGCAGCCGCUGCGUUCCUGAGCUGGAAGCUAGCGACCCUUCCGCGAAGAAUCUCCAUGCUUGUGGCUUUCGCCGCUAUUACCCUGGUCAUGACGCUUUGCACCAUCGUGAUGGCGGUACUCUGCCUUGCCAAUUUUGGCAAAGGGGUCAUGAAAUUCACCCAGUCCCAGCACAGACAGGCUGGGCACGGGUACGACUCGCACUAUCUGCAAGAAACGGACUACGCAUCGCUGUCAUCUGGUUAUGCACCGCGUAGGCUGUCGCUUGAUUAGGUCAUACACAAACAUACCAGGUUGUUGGAAUAUCAAUAUAAUGCAAACAAUAAAAGACGUGAAGAUGGACCUGGAUUGCGACCGCCUUCUCAAGUCCAAGGUUGUCAAACCCCACAUCGAACU